UUCAUGAGAGAAGGAAAAUGGCACAGUCCUCGAUCGCCGUUACACUGAACCAGCAACUGUUUAAAAGGACCGUUAGCACUGUGAUUACUCACCCUCCAUCUGCUGCUGCUUCUCCUUUCGGAUCUCGUUCUCUUUCUUCGCUAUUCUUCUGUCAGAGGAGAGUCAAAAAUCCUCUCACUCUCAAAGUCUCAUUCUUUUCUCAAACCGCCAUGGGUGAAACUCCUGUCAACGUCGAUGCCGGCAUGGACGCCGUCCAGCGCCGCCUUAUGUUCGAAGACGAAUGCAUUUUAGUGGAUGAGAAUGAUCGCGUUGUUGGUCAUGAAUCCAAAUACAAUUGUCAUUUGAUGGAAAAGAUUGAAUCUGAAAAUUUGCUGCAUAGAGCUUUCAGUGUAUUCCUGUUCAACUCAAAGUAUGAGUUGCUACUUCAGCAACGGUCUGCAACAAAGGUAACAUUCCCUCUUGUGUGGACAAACACCUGUUGCAGCCAUCCACUGUACCGUGAAUCUGAGCUUAUUGAGGAGAAUGCCCUUGGAGCAAGAAAUGCAGCUCAGAGGAAGCUUUUGGAUGAGCUUGGUAUUCCUGCUGAAGAUGUACCAGUUGAUCAGUUCACCCCAUUGGGUCGCAUGCUUUAUAAGGCACCUUCUGAUGGCAAAUGGGGAGAGCAUGAACUGGAUUAUCUGCUUUUUAUUGUCCGGGAUGUUAACGUUAAUCCCAAUCCUGAUGAAGUGGCCGAUAUUAAAUACGUGACCCGUGAUCAGUUGAAGGAGCUGUUGAGGAAAGCUGAUGCAGGUGAGGAAGGUCUGAAGCUGUCUCCUUGGUUCAGACUAGUUGUGGACAAUUUCUUAUUCAAAUGGUGGGACCAUGUUGAGCGAGGGACUCUUGGGGAGGUCGCUGACAUGAAGACCAUUCACAAGUUGACAUAAAAUCACACAGCUCGCGGCAUGUUAUGAAUGGUAGCUGUAUUCCGAGCAAAUAAGAACGAAAUUGAACCUAGGUACUUCGAACAAAUUUCGGAGCAGUGACCCGUAUGAUGCUAAUCUUUCUGUUAUUAUGAUCGCUAUGCUAGAACAUUAACGUCUGGUUGUAAUCUUAAACUAGCAGAAAGUUUAUUUGUCAUAUUUAGGAUUUUGGGGCAUGCUAGCGCUCAAUAAUGAACUCUUUUAAAUUGUUCUGUUGUCAUUUAAAGCUGUUCUUAGAAAUACCAUGUUCGUGAGUCGGGAUUUGAAUCUGAUGUUUAUGGUGUUGGUGUCGAUUGUUAGCAGGUUUUAUUUACCUUCUUUAGGGGUCUCUAACUGGUUAAAGAUGCUAAUAAAUAAUAAUUUUUUUAUUAAAAGUCUUGCAAGAUGUGUUAAAAAUUAUAAAAUAAAUACAUCUUUAUAUUUUU